CUUAAUGAUAGUUUUGUUUUCCCAAUAAUUAAGUUUAAUAACGUACUUAAUUAGUAUUACUGUCAAUCUUUCCGCCACAUAAUACGCACUAUAUAUACGGUUACUCAUUAAUGAACUGUAAUCGAAUCGGCGAGUCUCUCUCUCUCUCUCCUCUCUCUCUCUUCAUUCAAACUUUCACCGGAAAAUGGAGAUUAACGGCGAACAACCGCCGCUGUUCUGGCCACAGUUUGAAUCUACUGAAUAUACUCGCCGGCGAUCACCGGUUCCGUCGAUGUUAGGCCCGGCGAUGAUCGGAGUGAUUUCAGCGGCUGUUUUUCUUCUGUUUAUGACCUUCGUCGUCCCUCCGUUUCUCUCGAUCACAUCUCAGAUUCUUCAGCCAGCUUCCGUGAAGAGAGGAUGGGAUUCGAUCAACGUCGUUUUAGUGGUUUUCGCGAUUCUCUGCGGCGUACUCGCGAGACGAAACGACGACGGAUCGUCAUCGUCGUCGCCGUCUUCACACGGCGAAGUAGGAGAAGAAGAAGGAGCUGUCACGAGUGGCAAAAUGACCGUCGGUGAGGGUAGCAAAAUCUCUCCCGCUUCGUCGGUUUCUCAGCAGUGGUUUGAAGACGUGUACGACGCUGAUAGGCUGAAGAUCUAUGAGAGCUUGAGUAGCCGGAGUUUCUCGCAUGUAUUACCGGAUACCGGAAAUUUACCGUUGAGGCGUAGCAGUAGCUCGUAUCCUGAUCUGCGACAAGGAGUUUUCAGGGAAACUCCCGAUCGCCGGUACCGGUUUUACGACGAUUUCGAAAUCGACAAGUACCGAUCGCACGAUUCGCCUUCUUACGAACAGUUUUCGAGUCGUUCUAAAAUUGAAAUCGAAGAAUCCGAGCCAAAAGAAAUUCCGGUUGAUAAAUUUGUUGUGAGACCGUCUUCUCCACCGGUUCCACCGGCGCAACAACCACCGGCACCACCACCUCCUCCUCCACCUCCUCGAUCAUCGCCGGUUGAAGUUUCGCAGAAACCGAGAAGGACUCAUCGUUCUGUUAGAAACAGAGAUAUACAAGAAAAGCCGAAACGCAGUGAGAUUAUUUCUGACUCUACCAAGUUUAAACGCGCGUUUCAGCCUCCGCCGUCCCCGCCUCCACCUCCUCCCCCGCCUCCGCCUCCUUUCAUAACCGCCACGCCACCGAGGAAACAGGGGACUCUUCAGCGAAGAAAGAGCAAUGCGGCGAAAGAGAUUAAAAUGGUUUUCGCUUCUCUGUAUAAUCAAGGAAAGAGGAAGAAGAAGCUUCAGAAACCAAAGAGAAAGGAGAGAAACGAAUCUCCGGUGGUGGCGGAAACAGAACCACCAAAAUACCAAUCGUCAUUUCCACCACCCUCUCCGCCGCCACCUCCACCACCUCCUCCUCCUCCGCUGCGAUCGUCGCAGUCAGUAUUCUACGGAUUGUUCAAGAAGGGAGUUAAGAGCAAAAAGAUACAUUCCGUUCCGGCGCCGCCUCCACCUCCCCCGCCGAGGAAGAUCCAAUCGGAUCCUCAGACACCACCACGGAGAGUGAAAUCAGGGAGACCUCCGCGCCCGACGAAACCGACAAAUUUCAACGAAGAGAGCAACUACCAAGGAUCUCCAUUAAUUCAAACAACGCCACCUCCACCUCCGCCGCCUCCGUUUAGGGUUCCGCCGCUAAAAUUCGUGGUGAGUGGGGAUUUCGCGAAGAUACGGAGCAAUCAGAGCUCCAGAUGUAGCUCCCCUGAGCGAGAAGUGAUCGACGUCGGUUGGGGUCUAGAACUCACACAAUCUGACGGCGGAGACGAAGGUCACGCCGCCGUGGGUACUGGUGGCGGCGGGCAGGGGUUCUGUCCAAGCCCGGACGUCAACACUAAAGCCGACAAUUUCAUCGCCAGGCUCAGAGACGAGUGGAGGCUCGAUAAGAUCAACGCUGUGAAAGGGAAAACGAACUUGGGCUCAGUGUAAAGGCCCAUUAUGAAAAGGAACAAGUACAAAGACCGUACAACAAAAGCAUUUUCAAGCAAGUGGGUAAAAAAGACCGUUCGAUAUGUUUAUACGGAUUGGCGCAUUCGGUGUGAUUCUAAGCAAUGUGCAGACACAAGCACUCCGAAUUUGAAGUUACGGGUAAUAUUGGUAUUACCGGUAAAGUAAAUCGGUUAGAACCGGCUGGUAUUUUUCUUUAGUUUAACCGGUGAGGGGGGACUUUUGUUUGGUGUGUUUGGUUUCUCGGUUUGGAGUUUCUGAUAAAAAGAAGACAAAACUGGCUGUCAGAGAAAUUGUUGCUAGUUGGUAUUGAUGUAUGUAUGGCCCGUGAUAUGGAAAUAUCGUUGUGGGCUCUGAAUUUUAUUGGGCCUACCUCUUGCGACCUUUCCUCCUCUCUUUUUUUUUUAUUGUAAAUGUUUCUUUUAUGAAUAUUGAGUUUUUUUUUUAAUAUUUAUUUCAGAAUUACGAAUUUUUGGUAUUUCAAAAUUCUUAGAUUUUUUUUUUUGAAAAACAGAAACCAACAACUCACUAUUACCAAUAGCCGGUUAAGUAAAAAUGUGUAAUAAGCAAACUCUUGAUUGGUUAACUAAAGAGUCGGGAAAAGCUUUGAAUCAUCGGUGUUUAGUAAAAAAGCAGAGCCCAAUGAUGAACAAGAAAACAUACAGAGGGAAGUUGCCGACGGGAACUCCGUCUCUGCCAUUGUCAACAGUCGUCGUCGUUGUUUCCCUUCUCGCUGGAGCUUCCAUCGUCCACAACAUCUAUAAGCCAGAUCUCAGUUUACCACCGAUGGAAAGUGGUGAAGUGGCUAAGAAGGAGGAUUCUGCAAACAAAGUUUGAAUCUUUCAAUGUUUCUUUUUCUUGUUUUGGUACCUAAGUACUUUUAGAUUACAUGUGAUUUUACUUAUGUUUCUUUCUAAAUCUCUGUGUUAACAAACAUGGAUAAACCUAUAAACCAAAAAAUCACACAAAUAAAGUUGCCUCUUCUUAUUGUA